AUGCGUAAAAUUAGCUUCCUUACUCUCUUGACUGGAUUGUUAAUGAUUUUAAUCUUCUAUUCGAUCUUUUUACGUGAUCUGACGGUUAUUAUAUGGCCAAUGCCACGAGAUUUGACCUGUCAUCUUCAUAAUUGCCAUAAACGUGGCACUUGUUUGAUUGGUAAAUGCUUUUGCCGACCAGGCUAUGAUGGUAUGGAUUGUGAAACUGCAUGGAAUCAGUCAAUAAUCGACAUUUGUGCAACGAGUAAUGACGACAAGUGUUUCAUCCAUCCACUCUACGGCAUUGGUGAAGUAUCAGUUGAAAGAUGGAAGAAAGCCGUCAAUCAAGAAGGUAACUUUUGGGUAAUUCACGUACAACAUGAAGACCGUUGGAACGAUCAUUUGGCAGGCUUUAAUAAUUACAAAAUGUUACCAAACGACUUGGGUAGCAUGGUUGAACUCGGCUGCGGCCCGUUUACUCAAACAUUGUCGAUUCUUCGUGUUAAGGGGAAGCACGUGAAUAUACGCAAGCUUACUCUGUGGGAUCCGAAUGCAAAACACUAUAUGAACCAAGUGAAACAUUGCUCAUAUAAAAACGGUACUUUAGUAGGUUUUGACUACAUUCCAACGAUCAUUGUGUCAUUGCCAUCCGAGGAGAUGCACUCGUACAUCAAUGAAUUUGAUACCAUCCUCAUGAUUAAUGUACUCGAACAUGUGCAAAACGCCUAUCAGAUCUUACAGAAUAUUUAUAAUUCCUUACGGCCUAAUGGUAUCUUGAUUUUUGGUGAGCGAUGGUGGGAUCAGUUAUACACGAGUGAAAAUUAUAAAACCGAUACAUUGCAUCCAAUUCGUAUCAAGUAUUAUGCAUGGAAAUGGUUUACGGAUCACUUUGAGAAACUCUAUGAUGCUAGAAAUCAUAAUUCGUACUUGAAAUACGGCCAUAAUGGUAGCUAUUUUAUUGGUAGAAAAAAGAAUUUGCAUUAA